CACAUCACAGUAUGAUCCUUUCCAAAGCAUCCUCUACACAUACAGCGUAUAACAGUCAGACAAAGCAAAGGGGUUCCGCCAGCUUUUUUGUUUGGUUCAUCGUAGAUUUGAUUAUCAUGAUACUGAUGACAGUCGGUGCUGUCGUCUUGAUUAAAGUAAAUGCAAUAUGCAAGUUCUUCGAAAGACAUGGCUAUAUGCAAUACAUUCUUUU